CUGAACUGAAACUUCUGUUUCAGCUUUGGAUUCAUUCUCUUCAUUGAACAGAAACAAGAUGAUAAUCAUCCUGUUGUCGGCCACUCUUCUGGCAACCCUCGCGGCUGGCCAGAGUCAAGACUCCUGUUAUGCCGACCAGACAGACCCCUACAUCUUGUUUGGCACUGCUACACCAUAUGAAGCUGUGAGCAAUACAAAUGCAAGCUAUGUAUAUAUUGAUAAAUGUGAAGCUAAGCAGUUCUGGAUUAUAUCUCGUCAUGGCACGAGAUAUGCUGAUGCUGAUGAAGUUGAUGAACUGAAAGAUCUUUAUGAUCUCCAAGAGAAGAUCAUCAAAAAUCAUGAAAAAGAUGGAAGUGGCAGUUUAUGUGCCAAGGAUCUUGAAAACCUUAAACUGUGGACUCUACAAGUGGUCUCAAAUGUGAAGAGUGAUCUUACCCCUCAGGGCUACAAUGAUCUUUAUCGCUUGGGUGAACGCUUCAAGAGCAGGUUCCCAGCACUGUUCAAACAAACAGUGACAAAGGACUCAUUUAAGGUCCAGUUCACCACAAAACAGAGAACUGCAGCCAGCGCCAUUGCAUUUGUGGAUGGAUUAUUUGGAACUGGAAUGGGUUUGGAGUUCCCAGAAGCCCUGGAAGAUGACAUGCUUAUUAAGCCAUAUGCCAGCUGUAAAAAGUGGGAAAAAGAUGUUGAAGAAAACAAAGACACAACAAAGCAAAUGAAAAAAUUUGAAGACGGUUCCACAGUGACAACACUCGUGGGAUCUGUGUCCAAGAGACUCGGAUUUUCCAAGACACUUGACCUUGAUGACAUACUCUUAAUGUAUUCUGCAUGUCGAUAUGACAAGGCAUGGCACUUGGAUAAAGUUUCUCCAUGGUGUGCUGCCUUCACUGAAGAUGAUCUUAAAGCCCUGGAGUACAUAGAAGACUUGGAGUUAUACUACAGCACAGGAUACGGCAAUGACUUGAACAAAAAGGUGGGCUGUCCCCCUGUCAAGGACUUUAUUGAUCGCUUCAGUGACAUAGAAAAGGGGGAGCAGCAACCUGCUGGUGUACUUUACUUUACUCACCAUGAAAUGAUACUAUUAGUUCUGACUUCACUGGGGUUCGAUAAGGAUAAAGAGGCCCUGACCAGCUCCAAUUAUGAUCAAAUGAGUGGUCGAGAGUGGAGAAGUUCGUUCAUUAGUCCAUUUACUGCCAAUCUUGCAGCUGUGUUCUUUAAAUGUGAUGCAGGUGAGCCAUACAGAGUUCAGCUAUACUUUAACGAACACCUUCUGGAUAUUAAUGGCUGUGAUCAGGGACUGUGUGACUGGUCCUAUUUCAAGCAGCAGUUUGGUUCCAUAUCCAGUUCCUGUAAUCUUGAUUUCUGUUGAAAUAAAGAUUAAACCAUGAUAUCUUUCCAGAGACAACAGAUGUUUUUUGACUGAGGGAAUAAUUUUUGUUGUGCAACAUCAGUUUUAUUUCUUAACAAAUAUGAUUUAAUCAAUGCUAAGAAAAAAGGUAACAGUUAAUUUGAAGCAUAUUUUGAGGAAAGAAAACAGUUUUUCUCCUAUUGUGCUCAUUUGUUGGAAAAGUUAUUCCUUCCAUACACUUAAGUACAUACAAGAUUAAUAUAGAAAAAUAGUUCCCUUUAUAAGAAUUUUAUGUCGUUGGACAGAGUAUUAUGGAAUGAAAAUGGAGAAAUUGUUUCCUUCCUCCCCUCAAUUGAUAACUUCUGACAUUUAUGUAUAAAUUAUCAGGAUAAUUAUACCAAAAUAAGUAAAUGUGUGAAAAAAGUA